UGCAAUGCCACUUUAUUUGCUUUUCCUAUCUGUUAUUUGAACACUGUGACAGUUUUUCACGACUGAUUACAACAUUCGCUAGCCUUUUCUAUGAGAGGCACGGAUAAAUUUCCAGAGAGGGCUUCUUAUUUUAUAAAACUGAGCGGAACACUUAAACUCGUACUUGCCCCUCCCUAUAAUAUUUCAUCCUUGUCACAAGUUGGCAAUUCUCUAAUCUGUGAAGACAAUUUAGUUUGUGCCAGACACUGGCAACACAUGAUGACGGAAAAUUAACCAUACGUUUGCGCCAAAUAGAUCAUAGUCUCUUUAAAGUGAGGAAAACGAUGGAUUGAUAAGCCUCGUCACAGACUGCGGUUAGAUCAAGCAAGUGAGGGACCAAGUUAUCUAGCUGAGAGUACGGGGAACUAAUAACCACUGGCAAUCAAUCAAAAGUAAUCAUAAACUCUCUGAAAUUAUACGGACGUCUGCCACUCAAAUUGAACACAGAUUCGCGGUUUAAUUAAGCUGAUAAAAACCUCGCGCUUGAAAAGGGAUCUCAUUAAGCUUUCAUUCGGCGAGCCAGCAAGAAUACUGAAAAAAGAGAGAAGAAAAAACAGCAAGGAGGUAUACAAUGGAAAAUCAGACAGAGCCCGAAGCUGAAGAGGAAAAUUUGUUUUCAGAACCGCAUUAUAUCACAGGGAUCAAAGUAGCAGCUUACUGUGCUAUUAUUGUGACCUCGUUGGUGGGUAACAGUCUCAUUAUUGCAAUAGUGCACAAGAAUUACAACCAUCACAUGAAGACACCGAACAACUUCUUUGUCGUCAAUACAGCGGCCGCCGAUAUCCUAAUCACCGUCUCUAGUUCGACAGAAGCCGUCAUUACACUGGCUUUGUCCAGCUGGUUGGUCCAAGGCACGUUGGGACACGCUUUGUGCAAACUGAAAUCCGUUGUAAUGGCGCUCUCUGCACUGGUAACCACCCAAAGUUUGGCCACAAUGGCAGUGGAUCGAUUCAUUGUGGUGUUCUUUCCUCUUAAGAGGAUCAUCACGCGCCAUGUGGCCCUCGGGAUAAUAGGAAUCAUAUGGAUCACUUCGAUUAUCUUCACAGUCCCGAUGAUUUUCCUAGCGAACGUCCAAGAGUUUAAAGGCAGUAACAUUUGUUACCUGUCGUUCUGGGAAUCCGAGUCGAUCGAGAUUUACUUCGUGGCCAUCUUCGUCUUGUUCAAGUGCACGCCGUUAAUAAUCCAGGGCGCUCUGUACACUGCCGUGAUGCUAAAGUUAUGCCUGCGAGAGACACCGGGAAAUGAGCUUCAUAUUCCAAAUCACCACCACUAUCACACUGAGAAGAUGAACAGAAGAAUCAUAGGCAUGCUUGUUGCAAUUGUUCUGCUGUUUGCUAUCUGCUGGCUUCCCAUCUGGAUAGAAAGCAUGCUCUGCUUCCAAAAUUUCUCUAAUGACAUUUGCAAGUCACCACAUAUUUAUUUUCUCGUGUGGUUCCUGGCCUACAGCAAAAGCGCGAUAAACCCGUGCAUUUAUUUUAUUUUUAAUGAGACUUUUCGCCACGGUGCUUCGGCGCUCUGGAUGAAAAUCACCCACAGCCGUUCUCGGGGGCGUUGCAGUUUAUCUCUAAGAAACAAUCGCGUUACCGCUUUACAGAAUCGAGUCGCGCAAGAUGAUACGAACAAUACAAGAAGCGCACCCUUAAAUACGACAGCUUAGACCGCCAUUGGAGCUAUCCUUCAUCGUCUACACCAUCCAAAGGUAAACCUCCGUUCGCCGGACGAUGACUUGUUAAAAUUAUUUCCCUUUUACGUUAAAAAUGGAUGUCAUUUUCACAUUACGAAAAUUAAGUUUGCUUAGGAAGAGCCCAAUAUUUGUACAUAAAAUUGAUUUGUACCAUGAUGACAGAUUGUAAUAUAACCUUGUCUGUACCUGUCAUUCUACCAAAGUAAUAAAAUCGCCAAUU